AAAGGGUGUAAAUUUGGAAGGGGGGAGAUGAUUGCUUUAAGUAGCCAGGGUUUGGUGGACGCCAGGCGAUAGGUAGAGUUAGGAGUCAGAGCAGAGAGGGAGAGAGAGAGUGAGAGAGAGUGAGUGAGAGAGAGAGGGAAUAACGCUGGGAACCAGUGCAGUACAGUGCAUUAAAUUCUCUGGGUCGGCAACACAGCAGAGGGACAUGACUGACAUCCAUCCACGGGAUCUAAGAUCUCCCUGAAACUCAAACCAAGAGAGAGAGAGAUCCUUCAGGACUAUUGUGUAAGGAAUGCUCCCCACAAAGCUCCGGCAAAGGGCAUCUGGUGGCUUCUCCCUGUGUGUGCACAGCCCCGGGCUGACCAGGCGCGGUGGGACUCUCUCUGACUGCUCGUGUCGGAGCGAUGGUUGUCGUUGGCGUUUACUUGCUGUUGGCUCUUCUCGAUGGAUUGUUGACUGUGGAGACUUCCUUCAACGACUGCCUACAGGCAAGCGAGACUUGCGUCAGUGACCCCAAGUGCAGCCCCAUGUACCGCACCUUCCGCCAGUGCAUGGCCGGCAGCAACGCUGCCCCUCUCGGGCCAGGAGCCAAGAACCAGUGCCUCAACGCCUUGGUCUCCCUCCUCUCCGGCCCACUCCGCAACUGCAGGUGCAAGAGAGGCAUGAAGAAGGAGAAAAACUGCCUGGGCAUCUACUGGAGUCUGCACCAAAGCCUUAUCCAAGGGGAGGAUAUGAAUGAAAGUUCACCCUAUGAGCCCAGUAGGAAAGGGUAUGACUAUGCCAGACUGGCCUCAAUAAUGGCAGGGUCUGACACAGGCGUCACGCGAGCCAACCGCUGCCUGGACGCCGCCAAGGCCUGCAAUGUGGACGAGUCAUGCCAGAGGCUGAGGACGGAGUACGCCAGCGCCUGCCUCAAACGGACCAACAAGGCCGAAAUCUGCAACCGCUCUAAGUGCCACAAGGCUCUUCGCAGGUUCUUCGACCGGGUCCCUGUGGAGUUCACUCACGAGCUGAUCUUUUGCCCCUGUGAGGACACGGCCUGUGGGGAACGGAGAAGGCAAAGCAUCGUCCCCGCCUGUUCCUACCACGAAAAGGAGAAGCAGAACUGCCUGAAGCUACUGGAGAUGUGUAAAAUGAAUGUUGUUUGUAGAUCGAGGCUGGCAGAGUUCCAGAUAAGCUGCCAGCCUUCGACACAGUCGGCGAGCGGCUGUCUGAAGGAAAAUUAUGCUGAAUGUCUGCUCUCCUACACUGGCAUGAUAGGCACAGUGAUCACCCCCAACUACAUUGACAACUCCAGCUCCAACAUCGUCCCUUGGUGUACCUGCAGUGGCAGCGGUAACGGCAGGCAGGACUGUGAGACCUUCCUCAAUCUCUUCACAGAUAACGUCUGCCUCAGGAACGCAUUCCAGGCCUUUGGGAAUGGUACAGAUCUGAACAUGGGCUCCGACAUGCAGCAGUCGACACUGCCCACACGUUAUCUCCACCCAGAGAGGAACUUAAACGACACGCUCGCCUCACACAGCAAGGAGCAGGCAUUCGGCCCCACAAUCAGAACACAGGUGUCCGAUGAGAAGCUCCUGUGGAGGGAAUCCAUUGGUUCGUCCAAUAAAGUUCCAGGCUGGGCUGCCAUUGUCCACACGCCUCCUCACCUGGUCUGGGGCCUCGCCUUGGUCUCUGUCUAUUCCGGAUUUUCAAUGUGAAGACCAAGAGUAAAGGUGGUGGGUGGGUGGUUGGGUGGAGGGGAGGGAAAUGGAGUUGAAUGGGUGUAGGGGAGGGGAAAGGAGGUCAUUAAUGCCGGGCUGCCCAAAACUGCCAACAGGUGACAUUCAGUGAAAGAUCUUGGAAUUACUGCUGGCCAUAUUUCUGAUUGUCUCAAAGCCAAGAUAGAGGCUCGUGGGUCGGGGUGGGGGGAAGGGAGAUAUUUGUGAUUAAAAAGACCACCUCCUCUCUGACAUGAAUCGCCCUUUCCGGUGUGCGGGUGGGGGGGGGGGGUGCGGAGAGGAGUGAGGAGGAGGAGGAAACCCAAUUCCAGAAUGGAGGGGGUCGCCUUGGAGACGCCUGAACUUCCUGUUGAGCACCCUAGGGGAUGCUGCCGAUGGACAGCGGGUGGGGAAAUUUUCCAAGCAAAUGGGUCUCGGAGGUGCUCACAUAUCAAGCACUCCCUCUCGGCAACAGUGUCAACGGCAUAGCUUUAGCAUUCACCCAAAUGUCAGAAGUCAAGCUCAGUGGAUUACUCUCCCCCCUUCCCCCCCCCCACCCACAUUUAUGCAGUUUAGCUCAUGGUUGCAGUAUCCAAACAGAUUGUGUACUUCCCUUCCUUCCUCCCUCCCUCCCUUCCAAGGAGGGGAAAAAAUGAUGAUAACUGAGCUUUAUUUUGCCCCAGUUUUAUUUCCUGUGGUUGUUUUCUGUCUCUCUCUCUCCCUCUCUGUGUCACGUCAGAAACUUUGCAAGUGGGUGCGGUUCUCAAACGUUUCUGAGCGCCUUGUUAAUUCUCAACUGGUGUUAAGGGUGUUCCUAGCUGGACAAGCAGCGGGAAAGUUUACCUGACAGUGGUCUCAUUAGAGGCUGACACCUUAACUCUCUCCGCAUCCUGUGUCCUCUUGUUCUGCUGUCCUAGCACAUCUGAAAGUAUUGUUCCGGUUUUACUUUAUCCAUCGUCCACUUUAGUAUCUUACACACUUCUCUAAUAAAGACAUCAAGUCAGAUGCCAGAGUUCCUCUUA